AUGGAUGUUAACACCACUCUACAAGAAGUGCUGAAGACUGAACUCAUCUGCAAUGGCCUAACUAGUGCAAUUUGUGAAGCCCCCAAAGCCUUAAACAAACACCAAAGCCAUCUUUGUGUUCUUGCUUCCAACUGUGAUGAACCUAUGUAUAUAAAAUUGGUUGAAGCCCUGUGUGCUGAGCACCAAAUUAAAUUGAUCAAGGAUGAUGACAACAAGAAGCUGGGUGAAUGGGUAGGCCUCUGUAAAAUUGACAGAGAGGUGAAGCCCCUCAAAGUGGUUGGCUGCAGUUGUGUUGUUGUUAAAGACUAUGGCAAAGAAUCUUAG